ACGAGCUAGAAGAAAGGGAUACAGGCACAGCAGUAGUGGAAGAGGGAUUAUCUGCAGCAUGGCUUCAAUUCCCAGGCUCCAGUGGCACAUUCUGCUCAUCUUCCUAGCAGUUCUAAAGGGUGAAAGCAGGUACAUACAGGUGAGAAAUGCCGCAGAAGAUGCGCUUUAUAUGAUUCACUCCGAUAUUAAAAGACAAUUGUCAGAAGAGCAAAUUUAUCGCAGGUCACUCAGAUGUAUUGACAUGCUGAGCAUAGAUGGCCAAUUCACAUUUAAGGCAGACCGUCCUCAGCUACACUGCGCUCUGUUCAUUAUUGGAGACCCUGAAGAAUUUAUCACCAUUGAAUAUAACUUUGUAAAUAUCGACUGCCUCGGAGGCGAUAUCCUGCAGGUUUUCGAUGGCUGGAUAAUUAAAGGAGAAAAGUUUCCAAGUUCAUUGGACCAUCCACUUUCCACUAGCGAACGUUACACGGAUAUUUGUGAAAUUGGCAACGUCGGCAGCCUCACAAGGUCGUCCCAAAAUGUGGCAAUGAUUUUCUUCAGGGUCCAAGAACCAGGAAAUGGAUUCACCUUAACGAUACGCAAGAUUCCUAAUCUGUUUCCGUGUAACGUGAUUUCGCAGUCACCCAGUGGAAGAUUUACCAUGAUUAUCCCCCAUCAACACAGAAACUGCAGUUUUUCCAUAAUCUACCCAGUGGUGAUUAAAAUAUCCGACCUCACUCUGGGCCACUUCAAUGAGCUUCAGUUAAAGAAGCCUCCACCUACAGGAUGCGGGGACGCUGAUGAUUUUGUGGAACUCUUAGGAGGUACCGGGUUAGACACUUCCAAGAUGCUGCCGUUGGCUGACCUCUGUCACUCAUUUCAUGGCUUCGCUCAAAUGAAGAUAGGAUGUGACAACAGUGUUUUGCGAAUGGUGUCAAGUGGCAAAUAUAUAAAUCGGGUGACAUUUGAGUACAAUCAACUAGACAGACAACUUGAAAAACAGCAAGGAAAUAGCGUGGAGGAGGUCUGUUUUCCAGUUGAAAAAUAACCAGGUUUCCAAUAAGUUGAUUACUCAUUAAGUAUUCAAAUGUAGCAAUUUAUUUACAUGAUUGUUCUGUUUUAUACAUAAAAUUUUCCUGCUCUGAGAUAUUCCAUUUACUGUAAUAAUCAAUAAAAUUUACUUUGGCAAGCAGGAAGGCAACAGGAUAAAUGAAAUCUCUCACAGCAAAAGCACCGGGCUAAUUUAUAUAUUAUUUUGUUAUUCAAGAAACAGCAUAUUUCUCCUAAGGUUUCAAAAAUGUUGCAAACUGUCACUAUCCGAUUAUUUUCAAUCCUGUCUGCAUAGCAUCUUGUAUUAUUUGACACGCUGGAUUUUAAAACAUAUUUAUUACAAUAAUUGAGUAAAUAUUUUUUUUUUCAUAUGAAUUGCAUAUUUUUGAGGCUAUAUAUGGUUUAUGCAGUUGUUAUACUGUGAUAUUAAAAAUAUAUAUAUAUAUUUAUUAACUGUAAAAUAUUAUUUUGAGCCAUGUUACCAAAGUGUUGACCCUUUCUAACGUUUUUAUUUGCACAUAAUAAUAUUUGCAGCUAUGUGCAUUCAAGUUGCCAAAAUAAUUACUGUAAUUGUAAUAUAAAUUAGCACCUGCUUUGUUAUGUUUAAUUUCAAUAUAUUGAACUAUAUUUGUUUUUGAUAUUUAUAUUCAUUUAUUAAAUAAGAUCUGGCAUUUUCAUUCUUUGACAUAUAUUCAAUAAAGCAAUUUAAGACUUAUGGCGUUUAAAUGCAAAUAUCCUCCCUCAUCCGGUAUAGUAUUUUUAUAAAAUAAGGAUAUGACAAAGAGUACAUUUUCUUUAUAAACCAUUUUAGUGAUUCUAAACGUAGAAAUAAAGAAAGCAUAAAUUCAAAGGUCACGGAUCCAUUUCGAGUGUCCAAAAUGAAAAAGCAAUGGAAAUAGAUUAUUGUGUAUUUAAAGGUUAUAAGCCUUUAUCGAUGUAAAUAUUUUUAUCAAUGUAUAAUACUGAUAUAAUAUUUAUUUAAAAUCAUGUAUGUAUAAUAAAAUAUAGUCAAAUUGAAAUACAAA